AAAACGCCGAUCGACCGAGCUGAUGGCACACUCGAUCCAAAACUACCACGAGAUACAAUGAAGUUCUUCGCGAUUGUGCUGUUGGCAACCGCCGUGUUGGCGGCAGAGAAGAAGGAAGACCCGAAGAAAGACAAACGGAGUCUGCUGCACGGUGAUAUCGGCUACGGUCUAGGCGGCAUCUCUACCUAUGGUCUUCACGGCGGUAUCUCGAACUACGGCUACGGUCUUGGCGGUCUCUCGGGCUACGGCUAUGGUCUGAGUGGAUAUCCGAUCGGGCUCGGAUCGACGAGGAUACUCUCGGGAUCGGGACUCUCAGGAUACACCGGUAACACCCUCGCCGGCGCCUACGCUUCCGGUCUGGGAUACGGACUGGGAGGUGCUUACGGAGGUUACUAUGGCAGCAGCCCAUACAUCUACGGUGCUACUGGUCACGCCACCGGACUCGGCAUCGGUCAUGUGUUGCCCAGCGGUUUGGCGCAUGCUAAAACCGAGCGCAUCACCGGUCUCACCGUGCACCGCGAGGUCCAAGUGCCGGUCCCGGUGCCGCAGCCAGUCCCCGUCGAAGUAACCAGGCACGUGCCCGUCCCGCACCCCGUGCCCGUCAAGGUGGACCGUCCUUACCCCGUGCCAGUAGCGCAACCAGUACCUGUUCCAGUCACUCGCCACGUGCCCGUAAGGGUCGAGCGUCCCUACCCAGUUCCGGUACCGCAUCCCGUCGAAGUACGCGUGCCACAGCCGGUGCCGGUUCCGGUCUCGCACCCGGUGGCCGUUCCAAUCUCCGUCACGAGACACGUGCCGGUCUCCGUGCCAUCAGCCGUAAGCGUCGUGCCAUCAACCGUCGGCGUCAUACCGUCGACCCUCGGCGUUGGCGUCGCCCCGUCGACCGUCGGCGUUGGCCUCGUCCCGUCGACCCUCGGCCUCGCGUCUGGACAUGAAUAUCUGGGAUCCAGUUUGGGAGCCAUCUCGGGCACAACUCUGACCGCCGGUCAUGGACUUGGCUUGGUGGACGGUGGCCUCGUCUCAAGUGGCCUAGUCAGCAGCGGUAUCGCUGGUGAACACCUUGCCGGCGUGGAGCACGUUGGACUCAGCAGCGGCGUGAUACCGACUUUGGGAUCCACCGGCGGCGCAAUCGUUCACGACGGUCUCGACACCGCAUAUCCCAUACAUUCGUUGAGGAAAUGGUAAACUCAAACCGACAACUCGACUUGGACGUGUGUCUUUUAAGGCGCUUCUCGAACGUAAUUCGCAGACCGAACGUGCAAAAUACUAAUUGUGUUAUGUACGUUGUCGAAUAAAUUUAUAUAUUUUUCUACCGUGUUUCACAGAGUCGUUAUUUAACUGUAUUAUGUUAAGUGCAGUUAUGCGAUUAUACCGCGGCUCUCUUUAAGAUAAUCAUUCAGAUCCCUAAUAUUCUGUAACGUUUUACCAUUUUCGUUAAAUAAUUAUGAUUGUCCAGAGAUCUGAACAAUUAUCUUCCUACAAUUUCUUUUAUCUCUCAAUACAACUGUUUUAUAAUAGUUUCUGAAACAAAUUCCGGUCUAAAUUUCUCUAGUCCAAUAAGUUAGACAUGCCCUUUGUAAAUCUUAUCGAAAAUAAAGAAUUAAAAGAAAAAA